GGAAGGAGAAAGCCUGUGUUGUUGCUUUCCGGAUGCCGUUCGCUACUGUCUGGCAUCGGGCCUCGGUAUUUGCGGUGCAGCGUUCCUGGAAGUAAUCAGAUUUCUCAUGUUGCGCAAUGGAUGAUGAAGAGUGUCAGGACCAACUGAUUAACAGGAACACCUCGCAAGGGAAGAGCCGCCGGCAGGUUCCCUUCCUGGAAAGUAAUGAUGAAGAUGACUCUGAUGAAUCGGGGAGUGAUGAGGAAGACGAUCUGGAUGAAGAAGAUGGUGAAGAUGAAGAUGGAUCAAGCGUGGAGGAGGAGGAUGAGGAUGAUGAAGACCAGGGGCCGCUGUUGAUGGGAAACUCAAACGCCUCCCAGUCCACAGGAGAUUUGAAGGGAGAUUAUAGCUCCGAUGAAGAAAAAGAGCAGUGUCCCAUUUGUCUGAAUGUUUUCAGGGACCAGAUUGUUGGUACUCCGGAAACCUGUAAUCAUUAUUUCUGCCUGGAUUGCAUUGUAGAGUGGGGAAAGAAUGCUAACUCUUGCCCUGUGGACAGAAUCUCAUUCUCCUCUAUUGACGUGCGUGCCCACUUUGGUGGUGAAAUUCUCAGAAACGUCCCCGUGUUGAACACAGCAACAGAAAGAGAAGAUAAUGACGACGAUGUGACCUAUUGUGAGGUGUGCGGCCGCAGUGAUCGUGAGGACCGGCUGCUGCUAUGUGAUGGCUGUGAUGCUGGGUAUCACAUGGAGUGUCUCACUCCCCCCCUGCACUCAGUGCCUGUGGAUGAAUGGUUCUGUCCAGAGUGCUUACAAGCCGAUCUCCCCCAAGAAGACACAGAGCAAGUGAGUGAAGAAGAGAUGGCUGGAAUCCUUGCUGAUGUGGUUCCUACCACCAGCCGCCUUCGUCCCAGUGCAGGCAGGACACGCGCUAUUGCCCGCACCAGACAGAGUGAAAGGGUGAGAGCAAAUGUGAACAGGAACCGCAUCUCCACGGCACGCAACAUCCGAGAAGUUCCCGUGUACUUGACAUCAUCUUUGCUUGAUGAGACCAUUGAGGCUGUGGUUGCUGGAUUUAACACUGCUGUUUACCAGCGUCCCCUUGGGCCCCGUUCAUCUACUACCAGAAGUAAAAAGAAAGCGGGGAAGAAAAAGACAAAGAAGUCCAAGAUGCCAAAGGGCACAAGAGGUGUUAGAAAAAAGCGCAAGAGGCGGGUCAAGAGGUGGAAGACCCGUCAAACCGUGAAAAAAACAGAAACAUCUCACAGCCGCAUUGCAAAGUCCUUAGGACUGUGUAAGCCAACUCGGGGAAGUUCGUUACCUUGUGUGCAGCAGUCUGUGGAACCAACGCUGGGAUCCAUGAGACAGGAUAUUGGAGCUGCUUCUUUGUCUGUCUUUGGGAACCCUCACGACCUUGAUCCAUUUGACAGUAAUGAUGACCACUCAAGCAGCCCCACAUCAUCGUUAACCGCCAGACGUAGGGUCCUGUCUCGUUCCGCAUUGAGGUCCCAUCGGCCGGUUGCUCGGCCUAUUCCAGUGGGAUUGUCCCGCCGUGAUGUGGCCCCGGUGGCACAGGAGCCUGAAGUUAUUGCAGAGCCUGUACCCGAUUUGCUUGGAAGUAUUUUAUCAGGGCAAAGUAUGCUGAUGAUGAAGAGCUCAGAUAUUCUUAUCAGUCGAGAUGGUUCAUUAAAAGCAAAAAAACAAGGCAAGUGAUCUUCAACACAAAAUUCAUCCGUAAAGCAGGAGACUAAGGCUGUCCAAAGUGAAUCAGUCUCCUCUAACUCAGGAUCAUCAUCUUCCUCAGAAACAUGGAAACCGUUUGAACAACAUACACAGCUGACAAUCCCUUCGUCUGGUCUUUACUCACUGUCCCCAUCACCGUCUCCCCCACCAUCUUCAGGCUUUUCCAGAGCCCUGGACAGAGUAUCCCUGUCCACCUCUUUAAUGCCUGGUACAUCUGCUUUCAGAUUGAAGAAUGCGUUUACUCCAAGAGCUGUCCAAGUGCAGUCUUCUGCUGCUCGCUUGGCUUCCAAGCACGUGGAGCCUCCCCGUUUCAAUGGAACCUUGCAUAAACCGGAGCCACUCGGCUCUAGCAUUCAUACACCACAACAAGGUCUGGAUAUAAAACAUCCGUUAAUUCCACCUGCAAAGAGACUGGACAUUUCUGAACUUCCCAGAAUACCAAAGAUCAAAAAAGAUAUGGACCACAAUCAUAAUAAUGAAACUAGGAAACAUUUGGUGCCACAAGCUGGCACAAGCACAAAUAGCCUUCCUACUUCUUGUGUCAAUCAAUUAACAGGCCGAGGAGGCAAUCACCAGUUGGGGAGCAUUAACACUACUGGAAGCAAAGUGAAAAGUUCUCGGCAGGAAACGCAUAACCAGUCAAGACACAAUGCUGGAGUUUCUUCUACCCAUUCAAGCUCAAGCAGCACAGCACAGCAUUCGUCUGGUGGCAUAAGGAGUGUGGGGUCCUUGGAUGUGGGUGGUGGUGGUCUUAGGAUAACCAUCAGUGGGAAUUCUAGCAACUCUUGCAGGCAGUUCAGUCCUAGUUCAUGUGAUCCCUUCCGUGCUUCAGAAAAUAAAACACACAAAAAAAACACACCUCCUCACUCCUUGUCUGAGACAAAAAGAGACAAAGCUCUUGAAAAUGAAAUUUAUGACCCUUUUGAGCCAACAGGGUCAGAUUCUGGGUCUCGUGGAAAUAGCCCAGAAAGGCCUGGACCAUCUUCUGUGCCGUCUUCUACACCUGCAUCAACAGAAAGUACUUCUCAGUCGAGCGGAGCCAGAGUGGGAACAUUUCGAAGUUUCCGAUUUCUUACCACUCACACCAGCAAAAUCGGUGUCUCUAAGCUGGGUCCUGACUUUUCAGACAUGUCUCCCGGCAGCAAAGAGCCUCGAGUACCUGAAAAACCAGAGAACCAGAGCCCUGCGUUGCCCUCAUUUAUAAAGGUGGAGAAAGAAAUCAAACAGGAGAUUAUUGAAGCAGAAGAUAAUGAGAAGACGCCUUUCAGAAUCUCCUGCCCACUUUCUGGAUUAAAAAUUACCUCUGAUCUGAAAUCUGGAGGUGUUCGUGGGUUUCAUUUUGAUUCACAGAAGGAAAAGCAUAUUUCUGUUAAACCUGAACCGGAAACUGUUCCAAACAGGAUUAUUCAUCAGGGUGCAUCAAGCAACAGAGUUGUGUGGGAAAUGGAAUCCCCUUCUCGCUCACUUUCUUUAUCCACUGCCCAUGGAUUGGAGUGUCUGAAAGUGAAAACUAAAGUUAAAGAGGAAUCUGUUGUACAAUCAAGGUCUAGAUCUCGGACACGUUCUCAAGACAGAGAGUCAAGAUCUGCCUCUUGGUCCUCAGAGGCAGAAAGAGGGAAGAAGUUCAGUUCAAAAUCACCUAAAGUAAAACAACCACGUAGCGACAGGUCUAGCUCAAGCAGUUGUGACCGGUCAAGGAAGAAGCGCCAGAAAGAGAAGAAGAAGAAAAAAAAGAAUCUAGAGUCUAGGGAGAGGAAAAGAUCAAGAUCUCGCAGUCGUAGCAGCUCUUCACACAAGAAAAAAAAGAAAAAGAAGCGAGAGUCCAGGUCUAGUAGCCCAGAAAAAGAUAGGAAACGGAAGCACAAACAUGAAAAGAACUACCCCGACAAAGAAGGGAGCUUCCGUGUGAAAGAGAAAAAGAAAUCUAAGGAAGAAAAACGGCAAUCAAAGUCACCACAGUUGCCAAAAGAGCCCAAGGCUCAAAAACUAAAAGAUAAAAGUCUUGAUUUCAGAGACACGGACACCUGUGAGGAGCUUUGGCUUUCUCCUGGCCGAAAACAAAAGGCUGUAACUUGCACCCUUAAUGUUAAAACAGAAUUUUACUCUGACAAAGAGGAGACAGAGAAUCCUCAAAUAAUGUCACCAAAAAUAGUAGUAGAAGGACAGACAUUUUCUAAUGUGGAGAAAAACAUUUCAGUUAAAGAGGAACAAGCUGUUGAGUUAUCUAACGAAAAUGAUGUAGUGAAGAUGGAAGCAAAUAGCCCACCAUGGUCACCAUCACUCUUGGAAUCUGUUCUCCCUGAGAACAAAGCUGACAACAGCCAAGGGCCCCCAACCCAAGGUGAUAUAACACUCUUAAGUGAACUGCCUCCUAAGGUAAAGGCUGUUAGUCCACAAGCUUCCAUAUUAUCUCCAAACACUGGACCUCCUAGUCCUAAAUCUCACAGUCCUUGUUUUAGCCCACGUGCAGAACUAGUCCAACCAGUAAGCCGUCCACCUGUCAAAAUAGAGGCUGAUGAAAUGCAGUGGUCGCCAUCUCACUUGGAUGAUUUUCUGCUUAAUGAACUUUCAGAUGAGGUGUGCUCUGCAGGUGCCGUGAGUCCUGAUGAUGUGGAUCUUGAAGAGGCAAUCUUAAUGAAAAGAGAAGGUGACUAUAAGGAAGCACCACUAGUCAGUUUUUCCAAGAAGCAAGCCAUUCCCUUCUUACAGGAUGAUGGCAAUUCAGGUGACGAAGGCUCAGGGAAUUACAUUGAUGAGGCUGUUUCAACAAAUACUGUUGCAAAAGCAGAAGUAACUAUAGGUACCAGCCCAUCUAAACCAGAGACCACCGAUGCUCUUCUGUCUAAAUCCAAACCCCAGAUGAAAAGAGUUACAUGGAACCUUCAUAGCAAGAGUGCGGAACAUUCCACACAAACAACUGCAGGCGAGUAUUUGGUAUUUGGUCUGCUUUAUACCCUGGACAGUAGAAAGAAUGCUUUCCUGUCUAUUAAAGAGGAGGCACAGCUAGCAUCACCGAAACAAACAGCCAAUCUGCUGUCUGAUAUGGCAGUGAAUUCCCCAACCUCUGUUGUCAGUCUAACUCAUGAGUCCAGCCAAAUGUCCAGGGCUGCAGUGACCAGACCCAUGAAAGAGGACAGUCAAUUGCCUUGGAAGGCAACAGAAACACCACUUCAGGUUUUCCCACAGACUCUGCCUCCAUUGCCUCUUCCGCCAGUCUUUCCUCCUUAUGCUCCUGUAAGUGAGCCCACUGUGCCAUGCAUAAUACAAAGCAGUGGGGCCGUGAUUACUCAGACACCAAAGCCGGGCAGUCUGGCCACAGCUAAUGAACCUAAAAUGCAAGCAGCAAGCACUGGGGAAGGAAAACGGAAAUCUAAAACAUCUGUAAAAGGAGAGAAGGUGAAAAAUGAGGAGUAUAUGAAGAAGCUUCACAUGCAAGAGCGAGCUGUUGAAGAAGUUAAACUGGCAAUUAAGCCAUUCUACCAGAAGAGAGAGAUCACAAAGGACGAAUACAAGGAUAUCCUGCGCAAAGCUGUGCAAAAGAUCUGCCACAGCAAAAGUGGUGAAAUCAAUCCAGUUAAAGUAGUCAACUUGGUGAAAGCCUACGUGGAUAGGUACAAGCACCUGCGCAAACCCCGAAAACCAGGGACCCAGGAAGAUCCGUUCAUGCCCGGGUCACCAGUAUAAAAUGUCUUUAAGGACAAGAGAAGCAGCCCAUUACAGUUGAGUUUGAGGACUAGUAGCAUACCAAAAGACAAUAUUUGUUUUCAUUUUCACCAGUUCCUUCAUCUUGGUUUCAGUGUACGACACCUAACCCUGCGGACUCUUUUCACGCGCAUCUUUGCAAGCAGGAAAAAAAUAUUUCACCGUUUCGCAAAGGUUUUACUUCUUCUCAAAAUGUGGAAUAUAUAAAAGGUGGGCAAGAAAAUUAAAUGAUCCGAGCUGAGAUCAACCUGGGGUGGCUGUUUCCCCUCUGCCUCGGUGUUCUGAAUGCCACCAAAAGUGCAACAAGAUUAAUUUGUAUAGAAACUGGUUGUCUUUGGACAUUUUGGUGCUGCUGCUAUUAGGGGGACAUUCUUUCAAUGCAAGGCAACAUUCUGCAGCAAAUCUAUUGUAAUUUCACUUGAAAUAUGUAUGAAAAGGGAGAACACAGAAUUUAUUUCAGUUGUUUUUUUAAUGAUAUUUUAAUUUAUAUAGGUAAUAACGUUGUCAUUAGUUAAUAAGUGUUAAAAGCCGUCGUGUGGGGAUAAAGAAACAUGGUCACCGCACUAAAGAGACAACAUAUUAAUAAACGUUUAUAGGUUUAAACAGGA